AUGCAUACUGGGGAAAAGCCAUACAGCUGCUCAGACUGUGGAAAGACUUUCAGUCGAAGCAGUCAUCUCAAGACACACCAGAGAACACAUACUGGGGAAAAGCCAUAUCGGUGCACAACAUGUGGUAAGUCAUUCAGUCAAAGCAGUCAUCUCAUUGUACACCAGAGGAUGCAUACAGAAGAAAAGCCAUAUCACUGCUCAGAUUGUGGAAAGACUUUUGCUGUGUCGUCCUCUCUACAUGCACACCUGAAGAUCCAUACUGGAGAAAAGCCAUAUCGGUGCACUACAUGUGGUAAGUCAUUCAAUCAGAGCAGUUCUCUUAAGAUACACCAGAGGAUCCAUACUGGAGAAAAGCCAUAUCGGUGCACAACAUGUGGUAAGUCAUUCAAUCAGAGCAGUUCUCUUAAGAUACACCAGAGGAUACAUACUGGAGAAAAGCCAUAUCACUGCUCAGUAUGUGGAAAGACUUUUGCUGUGUCGACCGCUCUACAUGCACACCAGAGAACACAUACUGGAGAAAAGCCAUAUCGCUGCUCAGAUUGUGGAAAGACUUUUACUAAGUCGGCUCAUCUCAAGAUACACCAGAGAACACAUACUGGAGAAAAGCCAUAUCAUUGUUCAGAGUGUGGAAAAACUUUCAGUAACGGACCUCAUCUCAAGAUACACCAGAGAACACAUACUGGAGAAAAGCCAUAUCCGUGCUCAGAUUGUGGAAAGACUUUUACUCAGUUGGGUAAUCUCAAGAUACACCAGAGAACACAUACUGGAGAAAAGCCAUAUCAUUGUUCAGAGUGUGGAAAGACUUUCAGUCACAGAUCUCAACUCAAGAUACACCAGAGAACACAUACUGGAGAAAAGCCAUAUCAUUGUUCAGAGUGUGGAAAGACUUUCAGUCACGGAACUUAUCUCAAGAUACACCAGAGAACACAUACUGGAGAAAAGCCAUAUCAUUGUUCAGAGUGUGGAAAGACUUUCAGUCACGGAUCUCAUCUCAAGAUACAUCAGAGAACACAUACUGGAGAAAAGCCAUAUCAGUGUUCAGAGUGUGGAAAGACUUUCAGUCAAGGACAUCAUCUCAAGCCACAUCAGACAACGCAUACUGGGCAAAAGCCAUGUCGAUGUACUACAUGUGGAAAGGGUUUCAAAACCAGUGCACAACUCACUAUCCAUCAGCGAACACAUACUGGAGAAAAGCCAUAUCGCUGCUCAGAUUGUGGAAAGACUUUUGCCCAUGCAUCAACUUUGAAGAAACAUCAGAGGAUCCAUACAGGAGAAAUGCCAUAUCAGUGUUCAGAUUGUGGAAAGACUUUUGCCGACAACUCGAAUUUCAAGCAACAUCAGAGGAUCCAUACAGGAGAAAUGCCAUAUCAGUGUUCAGAUUGUGGAAAGACUUUUGCCGACAAAUCGAAUUUCAAGACACAUCAGAGGAUCCAUACAGGAGAAAUGCCAUAUCUGUGUUCAGAUUGUGGAAAGACUUUUGCCUUGGCAUCGAGUCUCAAGUCACAUCAGAGGAUCCAUACUGGAGAAAUGCCAUAUCAGUGUUCAAAGUGUGAAAAGACUUUCAGAACAAGCUAUAGUCUUACUGUCCACCAGAGAACACAUACUGGAGAAAAGCCAUAUCAGUGUUCAGAUUGUGGAAAAACUUUUGCAAGUUCAAGUAGCCUCAAGAUUCACCAGAGGAUGCAUACUGGGGAAAAGCCAUAUCUGUGCAAUACAUGUGGUAAGUCUUUCAAUAAUAGCAAAGAUUUAAAGGUACACCAGAGGAUGCAUACUGGAGAAAAACCAUACCGCUGCUCAGAUUGUGGAAAGACUUUUACUCAGUCGUCUCAUCUCAAGAGACACCAGAAAGUCCAUACCGGGAUAAAGUCUCAUAACUGUUCAGAUUGUGGAAAGACUUUUGUAACUUCAGGUAACCUCAAGAUUCAUCAGAGGAUCCAUACAGGAGAAAAGCCAUAUCAGUGUUCAGAUUGUGGAAAGACUUUUGCUCGGUUGUUUCAUCUAAAUACACACUUGAAGAUCCAUACUGGAGAAAAGCCACAUUGGUGUUCAGAUUGUGGAAAGACUUUUGCCGACAAAUCGAAUUUCAAGAAACAUCAGAGGAUCCAUACAGGAGAAAUGCCGUAUCAGUGUUCAAAGUGUGAGAAGUCUUUCAGAACAAGCUCAUCAUUUACUGUCCAUCAGAGAACACAUACUGGAGAAAAGCCAUACCAGUGUUCAGAGUGUGGAAAGACUUUUAGAGAUUUAAGUUACCUCAAGACACACCAGAGGAUGCAUACAGGAGAAAGGCCAUAUCACUGCUCAAAUUGUGGAAAGACUUUUACAACUUCAGGUAACCUCAAGGUUCACCAGAGGAGGCAUACUGGGGAAAAGCCAUAUAGCUGCUCAGACUGUCAAAAGACUUUCAAUUAUUCUUUCAAUCAAACUGUUCAUCUCAAGACACACCAGAGGAUGCAUACAGGAGAAAAGCCAUACCAGUGUUCAGAGUGUGGAAAGACUUUUAUAACUUCAGGUAACCUCGAGAUUCACCAGAGGGUCCAUACUGGGGAAAAGCCAUCGGGUUUGGCAAGAGCUUGA